AAUACAUUGGCAAUGUAUGCGAACAGAUCACGAUCAUCACGAUAUCCGCUUCCAGACUGCAUUUACUUGUCGCUCACAUGUGUCGGUUGUGUGCUGAACAUAUUUUCAUCUAUUUAUUGUGAAUAUUUAUUAACUUAUUAGUGAAAAUGAGUAUUUCAACGAACGAAGGCAAUCCGAAUACAUUAAAACUGAUAGUCGCAGCUAAAAUGGCUCAACAAUCCGUUACCGUGAAAACGGUACAACCGAAUGUGAGUCUUUUGGGCCGUUUACCUACUAUUGAAUUAUCUAAUGGAUCAGUACUAUUUAGCACUAGUGCAGCAAUGCAGCUCAUAUUACCUCCAUCUGAAGAAUUUAAGGAUGUAAAUAAUAAGUGGUUAGAGUGGGAUAUUUCUCAGUUACAGCCAGCUAUAGUUUGCUAUGGUAACACAGGAACUACAAAUAAAUCUUGUUUAUGGCCAUUGUUAAAAGAAUUAAAUAGUGCACUAAAAAACAGGAAGUACUUAAUCAAGGAUAAGAAUGAUUUAUCCUUGGCAGAUGUAUGCAUUUGGGUAACUAUAUGGUCUACUGUAUUAGUUACAGAUGUUGGACAGAAACUAUGUAAAGAGUAUUCUUCAAUUAAAGAUUGGUUAUUAAAUAUUGAAUUACUUCCAGUUAUUCAAGACUCCCUUAAAGAAUACAAUUUUGAACGAGGUAUCAAGGCAAUUCUUAAUAUUCAAGCUGCAUCUUGGUUUCCUGUUAAUACUGUCAUGAAUUCACGAUCCUCUAAACCAGUUCUAAGUGAUAUUAGUCCAACUAAGGAAAAAGAAAAGGAAGUUGAAGCAGUUAGCCAAGAAGAAAUGCAGAAUAUUGCUAGUAAUUGGUCUUCUAAGUCAUAUCCAGCCGUAAAGAAUUUUCCUUAUCCCGUAUUACCAAAGAAGGGUGAGAAAAAUAUUCUAAUAACAUCUGCAUUGCCCUAUGUCAACAAUGUUCCUCAUUUAGGAAAUAUUAUUGGUUGUGUACUUUCUGCUGAUAUCUUUGCCAGGUAUUGUAGGCAAAGGAAUUAUAAUACCCUUUUUAUUAGUGGAACUGAUGAAUAUGGUACUGCUACAGAGGCCAAAGCUAUAGAGGAGAAAACAACACCGCAAGCGAUAUGUGACAAAUUUUUCGAUAUACACAAUGACGUAUAUAGAUGGUUUAGCAUAGGGUUUGACUAUUUCGGUCGUACUACUACUCCUGAGCAAACAGAAAUUGUGCAAUCAUUUUUCUUAAGAAUAAAGUCGGAGGGAUAUGUGUUAAGCGAAACAGUAGAUCAGCUCCUGUGUGAAUCUUGCGAUAGAUUUUUGGCAGACAGGUUCGUAGAAGGUACGUGUCCAAGGUGCAAGUAUGAAGAUGCACGCGGUGAUCAAUGCGAUGGAUGCGGUCACUUAGUGAACGCAACGGAUUUAAUAUCUCCGCGUUGCAAAGUUUGUAGUAAUAGGCCAGUUGUUAAAAAAUCGGUGCAAUUUUUCUUAGACUUACCGAAGGCAAAAAAUAAACUGAAACAAUGGUCUCAAACCGUAGAAAAAGGAUGGUCGAGUGUUGCUAGAGUGGUUGCGAAGCCAUGGUUACGCGACGGACUUAAACCACGUUGUAUAACAAGGGAUUUGAAGUGGGGAAUACCUGUACCGGUAAAGGGUUUUGAAAAUAAAGUGUUCUACGUUUGGUUCGAUGCACCUUUUGGUUAUAUCAGUAUUACAAAGAGAUAUACCAAGGAGUAUGAACAGUGGUGGAAGCCUAAAGAUGUAAACGUCGAUUUGUAUCAGUUUAUGGCAAAAGAUAAUGUUCCGUUCCAUGCAAUAAUGUUCCCUGCUUGUUUGCUAGCGGCUAAUAAGGGUCAUACUUUAAUGAAGCAUUUAAUGGCAACGGAAUAUCUAAAUUAUGAAGACACAAAGUUCUCUAAAUCGAGGGGAAUUGGUGUAUUUGGCACCGAUGCUAGAGAUACGGGUAUUCCGGCUGAUGUUUGGCGAUUUUAUCUUGCAUAUGUUAGACCGGAAACACAAGAUUCCAAUUUUAAUUGGGUUGAUUUAGCAACCAAAAAUAAUAGUGAAUUAUUAAAUAAUUUGGGAAAUUUCGUGAAUAGAGCUCUAAUGUUUGCGGAGAAAUAUUUUGAUUCCAAACUUCCGCAAAUGGAACUUUUGGAGGACGACUUGGUGCUAUUGGCAUUAGCCCAACGCGAGUUAUCGUCUUACAUUCAAGCUUUGGAGCAAGCUAAACUGCGAGAUGGGUUGAAGCAUGUUUUAGCAAUUUCGAAACAUGGAAAUCAGUUCAUGCAGUUCCAAGAACCAUGGGUUAAAAUUAAAGGAACUGAUGACGACAAAAAGAGAGCUGGUACAAUCAUUGGUAUAUGUUGUAAUUUAGCGUGUCUGCUGUCAGCACUUUUGGCUCCAUUUAUGCCCAACACAUCCCGCGAACUGAGAUCACAAUUAGGAUUGAACAGCAUUAAUCAUGGGUAUAUCCCCGAUAUUAUUACAAACAUACUACCAACAGGCCACAAAAUCGGCAUACCGUCUCCUCUGUUUAAGAAAAUCGAAGUUAAAGAUGUAGAAACGUUAAGAAGUAAAUAUGGUGGAAAACAAGACGGUGCAAACAAAAUCGAAAAAAAGAUUGUUACAAGUAGUGAUGUAAAAUCUUUGGAAACUGCAAUAACAACACAGGGCAAUAAAGUUAGAGAACUGAAAGCUAAACACGAUAAAAGUGUCUGGCAACCUGAGGUUCAGAUUCUUGUAGACUUGAAACAGAAGCUUGCUGAUCUUAUAGGAGGUGGAAAUAAGUCUUCAGACUUAGCAAAAAAGAAUAAGCCUGAAACAGUUUUUGUACCUGAACAAAAUGGAGAUGCCUCGAUGGAUGCGGCGUCGUUAGAAGCGGCUGUAGCUAAACAAGGCAAUCUGGUACGUGAACUAAAAAGUAAAGCGGAGAAAUCUGUAUGGCAGCCGGAAGUGGAGAAAUUAUUGAAACUGAAGAAACAGUUGACAGAUCUCACUGGAACAUCUCCAUCCACGACCAACAAAAAGUCAAAGAAAAAGAAGUAACUUAAUUACUAGGCCAUGAACAUCCAUUUCCAUAUCUGAACUAUUUUGUAAUAAAAUGUCAUCGCUCAUUUUCUGUUAUCAACGCAACUCCUUUGAAGAUGCAUCCGGUACCAUAUGGUAUUCAUUUUUAAAUAAUGUAAUCAACAUAUGAUUUAUUUAAUAAAAUUA